GACUUUGAGAUGACUAGUCUAAGAGGACAUGAGUCAUACAGUAUCAUUUAAUACCUUCCUUAAACCACUGCUGGUUUGAUUUUCACUGUGAUCUGCAGUGCAGAGUGGAAAUGUUGGACUCUGUUUAUUAUUAACCAUUUUGAUUUAUUUAGGUGACUCAGGUAUAGACAGAGAACAGAGAGAGGAAUUAAAUGGCUUUGCUACAUCAUGGUGUCUUUUUGUGAUGGCCUUAAAGUGCAAAGACGAGUCAUACAGAAGCAGUCGUUUACACAUGUUACCCCGUAUAGCAGAGGGAAAAGAAAGAAGGAAGCAUUCGCAGGAACCCUGGUGUGUGAGAGAAACUGAUGAAAAUGGUGAAGGAAUGGUCACAUCCCAGACAUGCAGCUCAUCCUUCUAAUUUCGCCACAGAUGUAUGGCCUCUGUGGACUCUUGCUCCAUCAGGACUGCAGCACAGUUAACCGUAGUCAGACAUGGCUAAAAGAGACUAUUUGGUGGAUGCGGCCAAGCAAAUCCGCAUGGCCCUGGACAGAGAAGUCAACGAGGACUACGAAGCUGCAUUUAGUUACUAUAAGAAUGGUGUGGACCUGCUGCUAAAUGGAGUGCAAGUGGAUCCAAAUAAAGAGAGACGUGAGGCUGUCAAGCGGAAAACCACUCAGUAUCUGAAGAGAGCGGAGGAGAUCUUUAACUCUCAUCUACAGUACAACUUCAGAAGUGACACCACACAAUUAGGGGGUUACAGCAGCCUAAGGUUCAGGUCUAUCAGAUAUCUGAGCUCGCCUGUAGAGGACCUGGAGAUGUGUAAAGUGGUGGGGAUUAUAGAUAAGGUCCUGACUGUCCAAAACCUGAUUAGCAAAGAGACAUUUGUGAUUAAGAGCCUGCCUAAGUCUAGCUGGGAGAAUCGAGAGCGUUCUACCAUCAUCCCUCAGGGUGUCCCAUUCAUGGUGAAGUUACUGAGGUACUACGUCAGCGAGGAUUCUGUGUUCCUGCAUCUAGAACAUGUCCAAGGUGGAAGGCUCUUUUCCAAACUGCACCGAAUCAGAAGUGAGUUAGCCAGAGAACAUCCAGAUUGCUCCACCCCCAACCAGCACAAAUUCCAGCUAAAGAACAGCUACACCUCACCUGCUCUAACCCAGUUGUGCCAUUUGAAUGGAGAGCACCACCAGAGAACAUCCAUAUUUCCUGAGAGGGAGAAUGUCGGAAGCUUAGAAACGGACAGCGGGCUGACUUUUUGGAAUGAGACUGAGCGGCAGCUCAACAAUUAUGGCACACACUCAUACUGUGAGGAAACAGGAUGCCUGCAAAAUUCCCGGUUGGAAAAAGCUGAAUUCCAGCAAGGGCAAUCCUCUCACCCUUAUGCAAUAAGGACAGAUUCUAUUUCCAGUGUUAGUACUGGUCUGCAAGAUUGUCUUUUAUCUCAGGAAAGCUUCCCACUUCCUGUUCAUCCUUGUGUGAUUGUGGAUACUCGAGACCCACUCAGUGUCACAACUGAUCUUUUAGGAAAUGACGUCCAUAUUGAGCGGAUCGACUCAAGCUUAGAUUUUGAUAAAGUAUGGACUACUGUACCAGCUCAGGAACAGUGUUUAAUAGGAACCAGGUCAAAUCCAGACAUUCUUGGACUCAACAGUGCACCUCAGAUCACACUGAACUCUUUAUUUGAUGCCACACAGCCAACCCUGUGUAGCACAGUCAACAUCCUUCCACAGAAGGUUCGUAUAGUUCCCAAUUCCCUGCCAUUAUCCUCACAGAACCAAAAACAAAACGGCAUUACUCACCAAAAAACAACAAAUUCUGAGAGUUCCCAGUAUACGGUAAGCUUAAGCUCAGGAAAUUCCCAACCAGGUACAGAGUACCACAAUGGAACAGGAUCUACUGUGGAUAACGGACUUCUAAGACCUUUCACCUUAGACUUCAUGACAACAGCUCCUCAGGUGAACAAUACAAGUAAAGACAUGGAAAGAGUGCCUGUGGAGAUUGGUGAAGAGAACUGGGAACUCCUUAGCCCACUGUGCUCAGAUAAAACACAGGAUCCGUUGUUCAGGCCUCACUCUUUCCAAGAAGAGCAGCUUAUCGAAGUUGACGGAUGGUGUCAAUUGCCUCAGUUUAAGGCAAGGACCCGCAUUGCGAAGCAACAGCCUGUUCGAUGGGGUCUUCCUGAAGUAGAAGUGAGAAUGUGGGGAGCACAGAUCCUGUUGGCUCUCGAGAGUCUUCAUGAGCAAGGCAUUGUGUGCCAGGACCUCAACCCCAGAAACAUCCUGCUCAAUAGCAGUGGAAAUGUGUGCCUGACUUACUUUGGACAGUGGACUGAGGUUCAGACAGAAGUUAGUCCUAAAGCUAUGGAUGAAAUGUACUGUGCACCAGAGAUUGGGGGCGUAUCUAAAAUCACAGAGGCCUGUGAUUGGUGGAGUUUGGGAGCUUUACUGUUUGAACUUCUUACUGGAAUGCCCCUGUGGCAGUGUCAUCCUACAGGUGUGCAUCCACACACACAGCUACGUAUUCCAGACCACUUGAGCACUGCAGCGGCCUCAUUACUCACAGAGCUCCUUCAGUAUGAUGCCGGCUAUCGACUGGGCUCUGGAGGUGGAGGUGUGAGUGACAUUAAGUUCCACCCCUUUUUUAACUCUGUUCCUUGGCACACACUGACCAGUUAACUGAUACAUGAUACAGGGUGUGUUAUAUGAAAAUAACUUUCAGUUAUGUUAUAACUGAUACAGGGUGUGUUAUAUGAAAAACACCAGUGGUUCAGGAGAAAUUCAAAGAAAAGUCUGUACUGCCCCCUGCUGGUGUCCAAACCCUCAGCUGAACAUUAAAAAAAAGAAGACUGCAGCAACUAACAUUUAACACACUUCUGACUGUGUAUUAAAGUAAACAGACAUUUUUCAGUAAUAAUGAAAGAACUUACAGCACAUGUAUGGGGUUAUUAUAAACAUACUGUAUACCAACAUCUCAGGCAUCAAAUUAUUGCUGCACCUCUGGAUGGCAGAUGAAGUGAUCUGCAAUAUUAACCUUACUUCUGACCAUGUUUAUCAAGCAUGCAAUGUAAUAUCAGUCCAUUUUGAAAGUACAGAUUUUAAUAAUUUUGACAUUCAUGUCAAGCAUUUGUGCCUCAAAUGAUUUGUCUGCAUUAAGAAUCAUUUUUAUGCUCGAGAGGAGCAACCCACAUUUUUAACCAAAGCAAAAGUAAUAAUUAAAAAAAAGAAAAGAAAAUGA